AUGCGGAGGAUCCGGCGGCUGGUGCAUCUGGUGCUGUUCUGCCCCUUCUCCAAGGGCCUGCAGGGCCGCCUCCCGGGGAUCAAGGUGAAGUACCUGCUGGUGGUGUGGCUGGGCAUCUUUGUGGGCAGCUGGGUGGCCUACAUGCACUACUCAUCCUACUCGGAGCUGUGCCGCGGCCACGUCUGCCGGAUGAUCAUCUGUGACCAGUACAAGAAAGGGAUCAUUUCUGGCUCCACGUGCAAGGACCUGUGUGAGGAGCGCAGCCUCCUGUUCCAGCACUGCCUCUCCUCCUCCCCCAGCCAGCAGGUUUACAGAGGGCUCUGGAGGGACAGGGAGGUCAUCAUCAAAUGUGGCAUCGGGGAAGCCCUGAGGGCUGACAGCCACCCGGACUCUGUGCCCAGGAGGGACGUGGUGCUCUUUGACAAACCCACACGGGGGACCUCGAUGGACGAGUUCAAGGAAAUGCUCCUCAACUUCCUGAAGUCCAAGCUGGGGGAUCAGCCAUCUCUUCCCGCCUUGGUGAGCCGGACCAUCACCAUGGCAGAUGUGAACCAUGAUGGGAAGGUGUCCCUGGCAGAAGCCAAAUCCAUCUGGGCACUGCUUCAGCUCAACGAGUUCCUCCUCAUGUUCUCCUUGCACGAGAAGGAGCACACGGCCAAGCUGCUGGGGCACUGCGGGGACCUUUAUGUCACCGAGAAGAUCCCCCACACCUCCCUCUACGGGGUGGAUGUCCCCCCUUUCCUGCAGUCCCUGCUGCCUUCCAUCGGCCACCAGCUCAUCCACCAGUGGUUUGCUCCGGCCUGGCCCCGACGUGCCAAAAUCGCCAUCGGCCUCCUGGAGUUCGUGGAGGAAAUCUUCCACGGGACCUACGGGAGCUUCUACAUCUGCGAGAGCAGCCUCAGGAACGUGGGCUACAACGACAAGUACGACUUCAAAAUGGUCAACCUGCGGAAGGUGGCGACGGAGAUGACAAUCAGAGGCUUCCUCAAGGGCCGGCACUGUGAGCAGAACGGGGACUGCACCUACGGCAGGGACUGCACGGCCACGUGCGACAAGCUCCUGAAGCAGUGCAAGAGUGACAUGGUGCAGCCCAACCUGGCCAAGGUGUGUGGGCUGCUGCAGGACUAUCUGCUCUAUGGAGCUCCCCUGGAGCUGAAGGAAGAGCUGCAGAAGCAGCUCCGAACUUGCAUGACCCUCAGUGGCCUGGCCAGCCAGAUGGAAGUGCACCACUCCCUCGUGCUCAACAACCUCAAGACCUUGCUCUGGAAGAAGAUUUCCAACACCAAAUAUUCCUAA